AUGGCGAUGUGGCGCUUGGCGCUGGCGCUGUUCGGGGCGGUCCACGCAGAUGUCAUCCAGGCACCUCUGCAGCGCGAGAAGCUCACGGUGGACCUGGGGCUCCAAAUGAGCGCCGAGCGCCAUCCCCGAGGAGCCGGCUCGGUGUCCGUGCCCUUGACACGAGCAGAGGGCCCCGCAGGCCCCGGGCUGCAGAUGUCCGCGCGCGGCCGCGAGGCCGGCCUUGGCCCGCAGCUGGAUGCCAGGAUAACUCCCGGCAAGCCCAAGCUGCGCCAGGCCGAGCCAGUCCUGCCCUGGACUUUCUUCCUGCGUUGCUCCUUUUGCCUCAUGGGCCUCGCGCUGGUGUACCUUGCCACCGUGCAGCAGGAGGCCGAGCAAGGCCGCAUGGCGCGGCUCAAGAAGAUGUUGAGCAUGCUGAUCCCACGCAAGGCCAUGUGA